AAGCUUUGUCGACCCUUUUCCUUUCCUUGUUGACUCCACAUUGUAACGGCAAAUACGAAUCGAAUCCGUGGAAAGAAAAACUUUGUGUCAAAGAAAGUUGAUAGAAAUCAAAUUAAACGUGAUUGCUUGUUAGUGAGAGCGAAUACCGUGUCACUGUGAAAAUUUAUAGAAAUACUGAGUCGUGAUAGAGCAUCUAUUUCCAAUCACGCAAACAUUUUUCACCUGACAAACACUCAAAACAUAAAAUACAGUGAUUUGCGAGUAGAACGAUUCAACAGCAGUAGAAGAAGAAGAAAGAAAAAAAACACGCAACUAAUUUCCUUUUUUUGUGAUUUUCGAAACAGUUUCGUGUGAAACGGUGAAUUGACCACUCAACAGUGCCAAAGUGCCAAUCUGAUCUACAUGCAAAUGUAAUUAUAUUCGUCGUUGAAUGCGAAACAUACAAGGCUAUUCACAAACGAUUCAAUAGCCAUCGUUCGAUAUUACAGGGCAAUAUUUUGAAUUCAACCAUUGUUUUGUCGUCGCAGUAGCAGCAAAAAUAACAGCAAUAGCACCCAACUGGUAUUAAUCCCACAUCCAUAUUCCCCGAAGAUCACCGAAAAGGAGCGAGAAAAAAGAAAAACUAUCUGGCAUCGGAACGUGUUCGAGCAAUAUUGCAUUGGAUUUGAGUGUGUGUGACAUCGUCAAACGAAAUUACGAGGAAGAGUAAAAAAGCGAGUACAUGCAUCAAAUAAACCGGAAACAAAUUACUCGAUAACAUCACGAAAUGCAAACAACACUACAAAAAUGGAGCAAUUACUAGUGCAACGCAUUAGCAGUACCAAAGCACGACCGUGUCUAGUGAGUAAUAAAGUUGAAUAACAUUUGGCCAAUCAACGACUGCUGCCCAUCGAAGUUCGACAACGUAGUUCAGAGAGAUACAGUUUCUGACGAUCAUCAACAAUUCAAAACAUUUAGAUUACCAGAUCUGUUGACACGAACAAAAUAUUGCGUGGUGUGUGUGUGUGAGAACAAGACAGUAGCAGGAAAAAAGCACCAGAGUGUGAACGAAAAUCGAUUGCCCUGAAAACUGCCGAUUAAUUGAAAAUGCAUUGCACUUGUAGAUUGAACAAUCAAUGGAACCAACGUCGUCAUUCUAAUCAAAAUAUGUCAACAGCUGGUUGCAAUCACAGUGGAUCACAGCAACAAAUUCAAUCGAACGGACCGGUCAUACUAAAAAGUUGCCUUGGUUCGGCUACCUCACAUUCGUGUCUACCAAAUAUUUUGUCCCAAUCCCAAAAUCACUUGCACUGUACGUCAGCUAACCAAUUGCCACAGCAGCCGCAGCAGCAGCCACAUUCACAAAAUGUGACACCUUGACGAUACUAUUGCAACUGUAAGAACCAGUGUAUUUUUUGUUCAACUUCGUGGUGGCCAACGUGCCCUCGUCUCACCGCCUCACAAUCAACGUCCAAUUGCUAUCCAACAACGCAAGGCAAUACCUCAACAUUUUUCCAAACCAAAGAAAACCAAUUAAACAUGUCUAACGGAAAUUGUUCGCCAGCAAUGUCAGUCUCACCUGUUCCAGUACCACCACAUCCUCCACCUACACAGCGCACCUGCUCCCGAUGCCGUUUCACCAUCGCUGACAAUCACACCGGCCAAUCGGCCAACAACUACGGAAAUGCCAACAAUUCGUACACAGGGUACGAUGGCCGUGGAGGUCGUUAUUACGAAGAAGAAGACUCAGCAUGCCCGGCGCUACUUGAACGUGAAUUUCAUUCAAUACAUCGGAAUGUGCCUGGCCUCCGAAGAGCUGGUGUCGACGCGAACGCCAUUCGACAGCACUUUUAUCCAGACGGUGGCUGGGGUUGGAUAGUAUGCGGUGUAGCUUUCCUAGCCCAUGUUAUGACGACUGGAUUUCAACUUUCCUACGGUAUACUUUAUCUCUUCGCAAAAGAUUAUUUGGGAAAUGAAACUGAAACGAAUUGGCUGGGUUCGACUAGUUGGGCCGUUUCGAUGUUUAGUGCACCGCUUAUAAUCGCAUUUUGUCGUCGUAAAUCAACGCGUUUAACAGCUGUCAUUGGCGGAUUAGUACUGGCACUCGGUAUAUUGUUUACGUCGUUUGCAAAAGAAUUGCAUCAAGUGGCCUUAAGUUACGGGAUUAUCGUUGGUGUUGGAGCGACAAUGGUGCGUGAAUCAUCGGCAGUCAUGUUGGGUCACUAUUUCAAGCGACGCAGACAAUUCGUCGAGAUGAUCACAAUGUCUGGUGAAGGUGUUGGCAUCGCAUUAUUUUCAGUCAUUUUAAAGGAGGGUAUCGAAAAACUGAAAUGGUGCCAUGGACUAAUAGCCGUUGCUGGUUUAAUGUCGUUAUGCUUUUUCAUGGGAUUACUUUAUCGACCUGCGUCACUUUAUCAUCCACAGCGGAGAGCCAUUCUCUUUAUGAAAAACCAACGGAAAAAGGUGAAAGAAAAGAAAACGCAUAUACGUACGCCAAAGCCACCGUUUUUGGACUUUUCACCGUUUAAAUCGUCGACCGUGCGAAUGUUAAUCAUAUGCUCAUCGGUCGCGUCAUUUGGUUCAUAUGCACCCUUGUUUUUUAUGUCACAGCAUGGUUCCGACGAGCAUUACGAUGUUCAAGAUUUAGUUUUAUUACAAACGUUUCUCGGUCUCUCGAUUGCAUUUGGCAUUGUGGCAAGUGGUUCAACGAUAAAUAAAAAUUUUACGAUUUCUUACCGGAAAAUUAAUAUAUCACGGCAGUAUGUGUGUCAGAUUGGUUUGGCAUUGGUUGCCAUUUCCACAUUGGUGAUAUCGGGUAUUGCUGGCUAUACUGCACUGUGCGUAACGGCCUGGGGCUAUGGAGUUGCGUUGGGUUGUUAUCGUUACACAUUAAAGAUGCUGGCAUUGGAACGAGUUCGAGCUAAACAUUUUACAAAAGCAUGGGGUUUUAUUCGAUGUGCUGAAUCGAUCCCGGUGCUGGUUGGUAUCCCGUUGACGGCAUUUCUCAACAAAGAAUCUCUUCGAUAUGGACGAGCCGGUUAUUUUGUUUGCUCAGCAUCCACGGCAAUCUCAGCCGUUCUAAUGUUCUUCAUCGGCUAUCCGAUGGGUGGCCGCCAGAAUUUAUCCAAAUAUUCGGCAAACGGCUCGAUUACUUCGCAUUUCACUGUACCAACGACGGAUUGCCCCGAUUUGCUAAAUCGCAGCUUCUCAUCGCGCUACAACAACUGGUACAGCAGUGGUACACAGUGCACCUCAUGUGUAUCGAACGGUUGCUCAUCGUUCCGGCAUCGUGUGAAUUUCAGCACACCAACACAUCAUCAAUACGGUGCGAAUCGAUGCUGUCAUUCCAAUCACUGUGUCAACCGCAUGCCAGUGGAAAAUGGAAAUGGUCGCUUACACAAGAGCCUUUCGUUCGCUUUUCAAACGCCGAUGAUGUGGAACGAUGGCUAUCGUACUUACCACGGUGCACCGAGUUACGCAACUACCGGCCGUUCGCAUUCAAGGUGUGAUUUGCAUCGUCAGUACAAUAAUCAAGUGGUUGCGAACGGUUUGCAACAUCAUCCAUCGCGCAGUAGGAGUGUUCCAGAAGGCUUGGCACAUGUAUCAACGCAACCUGGUUUUGAAUGCCAUUGUAGCCGAAAUCACUGGAGAUCGCAAAGUUUUCGACAUCCAAAUCGUUCGGUGCAAGUUGUCGAACAAAUCACAACUUCAGUGUAAAAUGCCAACUCAGUAAGUAUAGUGAAUGACCAAAACGGUUGAUGCAUGACGAAUUCCCAUUUCAAUGGCGACCAUUUUGGAUGCAAUUGUUGUACAUAGAUUGGAAUCGUGUCAUUUUUGUCAAUGUGGAAUGGCUAGCAAAAGCGGAUGGCAUAAGGUCUUCUAUUCAGUUGGCCAUCGACGAAAUCGUCUUUAAGCUAACGACUUUCAAGGGUUCAUGACAUUUUCGCCAUUAAAUGUCUCUCCUACCCAUUGAUGGCGAUGAUGUUGCGAAAUAAACACUUGUCAAGAUGGCAAUGUUGCCAUUACAUCUUGAAAAAGUCGUGUUGAAGAGCACAGUUAGCGACAGUACCUUCUCCUCCGAAAUUCGAUACACGAUAUAUGACGAUUAACUAAUACUGCCAUUUUACUAAAUAGAAAGCAAAAUAAAACACACUUUCUAAUAAGUUGCGAACGUGUUAUGAAUGUUAAGGCACAAGGCUUAGGUUAUGGAACAAUUUAUCGCAAAUGUGCCAAGUUUUGUUGUAAUUUCAUUUUUAGAAUUUAUUUCAUGUUCUAUUGCAUAAAUGUACGUAUUUUAUUGUUAUAGAUUUCCAAUUGCGGAAAUUUGUUCUCAAUUUAUUAUAUUCGAUGCGAUUGUGUACAGUCCAAGCAGACGUUUGUACCAUUUUUCGUCACGAAUUGUAAAAAAAAGCUUCUCAAUGGCUGUAUAUGAAGAUAAAACCGAAUACCGUAAAUUUAAUUAAAUUGUAUUUUCAACGUCAAUAACAACAACAACAAAAACAUUAAUUUAUUGCACAUUUUAUUGAACUCAUACUAUUUAAAACUCAUUGAAUGUACCUUUUAUUACCUAAUUCAUAAACGUUCGAUGUCAUGCAAAUUGACUGCGCUCAAAAGCAUUUCGUUUUCAGUGGCAAGGAGUCAUAGCUAUGUUGAGCUAGCUCCAUGUAUUUAGACCGAAAAUUGAUGUUUUGAAAAGUUACACUGAGCGAAAUGAGAUUAUCAGAAUCACCAACAUGAAGUUGUAAACGAGCGAAUUCCAACCAGGGUUGAGCAUUUUGCAAAAUUUUCUCCACAUAUCUCCUUAUAACUGAGUGCAGAAAAUUUUGCGAAAUGUCCAAUCCUGAUUGGAAUUCGCUCGUUUACGACCUUAUGUUGGUGAUUCUGAUAACCUUAUUUCCCUCUGUGUAUGUGUCAAUCACACACACACACACACACACACAUUUUUGCUUCUCGUUGGGAGGUGGGUUAGACAUCAAAUGUGGAGAAACCGAUGCAAUGUUUGUUGCUUUUUUCAAGUUCCAUUCCUGCAAUUUUCGUAUUGAAUAUGUGCAAGCAAAUUUGAUUUUUAAUUCGGAUUUCACAGAACCGAAUAAUAAUACGCUAUGUUGCUUUUGCAUCAUUGAAAAUGGUAAACAAUACAUUUCAUACAUGAAAUCAUCGUAAAUUCAAUGUAAUUUCUAUCAAAUAGAUUUUCAAAUAGUUUGUGGUUUUCCAAAUUGGUGUCUAUUCUAUCCAGAAAAUAACGUUCCGCAAACACUUAUUGAAUAUUUUUGUUCAGGCCGAAAAAAGAGCACCCCUUUGUCGAACACAUCAAUUUUCAUAGAGAAUUUUCGGAGUUUGAACUACAUAUUAAAACAAACAGCAACUAAUAUUUAACGAACCAUGUACUCUUAGAUCAUAAGCACAUAUUUACGUAUAACAAAAUAAAACACAGCUCCAAAUAUAGUGCACACGCAACAUAGCAUUUCUACGGAAUUUUAAAUAGGAAACAUUUUAACAAAGGGUAACAUGAUUUGACGGUUCUACGAAUUUCAAAGCACAUUUUCGAUUCCAUCAAUGUCAACAUUUCCUUUUUCAAGCUCCAGCAGAGUCUUUCCUUCUACUCAAACUUGCAAAUUUUAUAAAGAGAAAACUAAAGAAGUUUCCGCUUAUCAAUUUUACCACACCAUUUCUCGACGAUAAUGGCCGACAGAUGAAACAAAGCCUUUUAGACAUGUUCCCAUUUCGGAUUUCCAAUAGAUGGAAAAGAUAUUUACCCAUCGAAUCCUUUGACCAAAAAUUGUUAUUUGAAUAUCGGUUUCGGGGAUUCAAAUCAAUAUUGUGCUAAAUAUCUUGUGAAUUUCAUGUAUUUUGGGGUAUUACAAUGCUCAGUGCUCACUCCCCGUAUUUAUGUGUUUACAUUUUACAAAGUAAAUACUUUUCUGGAAUCAGAAAUAGCAAUAAAUUGAAUCCAAGGCUAGGGAUUGGACACCAUAUACAUAUACACAUUUAUUCAGUUGUAUCCUUUGAAUUUGGCAAAAUUAAUUGGUAAAAACGAAAUUGAAUCGUUAUAAAAUUGAGCAGUUUGGAAACGUUCGACGUGUUAUACUACUGACUUCGAGCACUUCUGUCUUUGAUUUCGUGUAUUAAGUGAACUUGAAGAGGAAGAUCAAUUGAAUGUUAUCAGUUAUGAUUGCAAUAUUCUAAUUCAGAACUAGAAGAAGAAAACAUAGUAAGAGCAGCAAUACUUAUUGCAUUGCUAAAGCCUCGAACGAAUGCAAAAUUACAUUUAAUUGAAUUAUUCAAAUAAGUUAAAUUGAUGAAAUAAAUUGAACCAUUUGAAAUUAAGUAAACUAUUUAGAGAGAAAAAAAUCGGAUAACCUUCCAAAAAAAUAAACAGAAAAAUGAUGGUGUCAAAUCCCUUUGAAUAUUAAAUGUGGCACAAACCAAGAGAGAAUUUAAACGAUACUCAAAAAACAGAAAAGAUAGAUUAAGAUUCCCAUAAAUAAAUGUUAUAAUACGAUAGUUAUCAAUUUCUUUCCCUCCCAUUUCAUUUAUUGUAUAUGAAAAUUUGCUUUUGCCGCAAAGAUGAACUCUACUUCUAAUUUAAUUUUCAUCCGUAUUUAGGUAUUGUACAAAGAAAUCUCUAAAUUAUAACAACCAAACUAAGAAAAAAAAAAUGUUAUGUCCUUUGUUAAAUUCUUCAAAUUCAAACAAAAAUCACUCUAAUUUUGAGGAUAACGAUUUAAAUCAAAGUUUUAGAUUCAAUUAUGAUGGAUUGGUAUAAUAAAAUAAAUGCAAUUGAAAAACGAAGUUAAUAAACAAACAAAUAGAUC